UAGUGCAACGUUUCUUAGUUACAUUAAUUUGACUAGAUACAUCAAUUUGUUUUACUAAUGUGUUACUAGUACUACAACUGCGUAGUCUAUGUUCCUUUUUUUUGUUUUGCUAUUUCACCAAAUGAGGGAAGGCAUAUUUCUCGUAUAGCCUAUAUCUAAUGGAUGCAACAGCGCGAGACAAGAUCUUCUAAUAGAGCCUACAUUGCAAUAUUGAAUGGAAGGACGACUGGGUAGCAGAACUGCUCAUCCCCCUAUCUGAAACCUGAGAUUCGAGUGGACCCCUCUGCUGCUUGAGAGAGAGCGAGACAAAGAGACAGAGAGAGAGACAGAGGGAGAGAUAAGACAGCGAGAGAGAGAAAGGGAGAGAGACAGAGAGAAAGACAGAGACACAAAGAGACAUACAUAGAGACAGAGAGAUACACAGUCAGAGAGAGGAGGGGCAUGAGUGUUGCUCUUCUCAGAAAAGUAACGUGUUGUCUCGUCUGCAUCAGUGUAUUACCUACUGUGAUCCAGUCCAGUAGCAGAGAAACGACAUGGCCUCACCAUGGAAGUCCGGAAGAAACCCCAAGGACAUUGCCAACGUGAUGCAAAAACUGCAAGAUGAGCAAGAAGCAGUACAGAAGAGGACUUUUACUAAAUGGAUCAAUUCCCACUUGACAAAGCGUAAACCACCUCUAGAGGUCACCGACCUUUUCGAGGACAUCAAAGAUGGGGUGAAACUGUUAGCUCUAUUGGAGGUGCUGUCUGGACAGAGACUGCCGUGUGAGCAGGGCCGCCAGUUGAAGAGGAUCCACUGGGUAUCCAACAUCGGCACCGCCCUCAGGUUCCUAGAAGGCAGGAAGAUCAAGCUAGUCAACAUCCAUGCCACUGACAUAGCAGACGGUCGACCAUCCAUUGUCCUGGGGUUGAUUUGGACUGUCAUCCUCUACUUCCAGAUCGAGGAGUUGACCAGUAACCUGCUAGCCCUGGAGGCCCUGUCCAGCAGCACCUCCUCAGUGGACAGCAUGGCCAGUAGCUCAGAGACAGGCAGUCCCGCCUUAAAGAGGGAGGUGGCACCCAAGAAAUUCCAGGGCAAUGCCAAGAAGGCCCUCCUCAGAUGGGUACAGAGCACUGCUGCCAAUGGUCAGGGCAUCGAGGUAAAGGACUUUGGUGCCAGUUGGCGUAGCGGUGUGGCGUUCCACUCUGUGGUCCAUGCCAUCCGCCCAGACCUGGUGGACAUGGAGGUGGUGAGGAGGAGGAGCAACCGGGAGAAUCUGGAGGAAGCCUUCUCAUUGGCCGAGAACGAGCUGGGCAUACCACGCCUACUGGACCCAGAAGACGUGGAUGUAGAUAAACCGGAUGAGAAGUCCAUCAUGACAUAUGUUGCUCAGUUCCUCAAGCACUAUCCCAACCCCCACCACUCUGAGACAGAUGGACAGGGAGAAGAGAGAGAAGAACGGAAGGUUCUGAGGGAGCUGAAGGUGUGGCUGGAACAGUUGGAGAGAGACGUGAUGCAAGUGCAGGGGGCAGAGGGCAACAUCACCGACAAGUACCAGGGCUUCAAGAGUUUCCGUGUGCAGUAUGAGAUAAAGAUGAAGCAGACAGAGCCGCUGCUGCAGCCGGUACACAAAGAUGGAAAGUUGUCUGUAGACCAGGCCCUGGUCAAGCAGGCGUGGGAACACAUCUCUAGCACACUCCUGGACUGGCACAUCCAUCUGGAUAAGUCGUUGCCUGGCCCCCUGGGGGUGAUCGGAGCCUUGCUGCAUCGAGCUGAGAUCGCCCAGAGAGAGGAGAUUCCCAUCCAACAAGCCCAUGAAGAGACAGCCAAUGUGAUCCAGAGGAAGCUGGAACAGCACAAGGAGAUCCUGAAGAACUUGGAGUCCCACAAACAGACGUUCCAGCAGAUCCACCGAGAAAGAUCAGUAAACGGGGUCCCUGUCCCCCCUGAACAUCUCCAAGACAUGGCUGAAAGAUUCAAUUACGUGUCCACAUCAUCUUAUGCCCACCUGAUCAAACUGGAAUUCUGGGAGAUCAAGUACCGUCUGAUGGCGUUUCUCAUCCUGGCUGAGUCCAAGCUCAAGUCCUGGAUCAUCAAAUAUGGCCGCCGUGACUCUGUGGAACUACUGCUACAGAGCUACGUUACCUUCAUCGAGGGACACAUGUUCUUCGAACAGUAUGAGACAACAUUUAAGGCACUCAGGCAAUCUGCAGAUGUCUACGUCAAGUCUGAUGGUUCAUCUGAGGAAGCGGAGGGUGUGGGUAAGUUCCUGUCGGAUGCGUCGGCCCAGUGGAGGAACCUGUCGGUGGAGGUGCGUAGCGUCCGUAGCAUGCUGGAGGAGGUCAUCUCUAACUGGGAGAAGUACAGCAGUACGGUGGCCGGACUGCAGGCCUGGCUGGAGGACGCAGAGCAGAUGCUCAACCAGUCAGAGAAUGACAAACGGGACUUCUUCCGGAACCUUCCCCACUGGAUCCAGCAGCACCUGGACAUGAACGAUGCAGGGAACUUCCUGAUUGAGACGUGCGAUGAGACCGUCUCCAGAGACCUGAAGCAGCAGCUGCUCAUUCUCAACGGGAGGUGGAGGGAGCUGUUUGUUAAAGUCAAACAUUAUGCUAGAGUGGACGAGGUGGACAAGUGGAAGCAGGACUAUCAGGACUGUAUCGCUACUCUCAAAACUUUUAUGGAUGCAACCAAUGACAAGAUGACUGCCCCUGUCCAAGUGUCCUUCUUGAACGUCAGGACAUUCGUUCAAGAUGUUGAGGACAUCAAGAACAAGGUCCCGGCCAUGGAGGCAGCCUGUAAGACAGCCAGCCGCACCGCCCAGCUGCUGAUCAAAGACACGCCCGCGGAGGAGGUCUCUACCAUGCUGGCUGCCAUGGCUUCUAUCAAGGAGGAGAUGAGCAAGAUAAAGGAGCGGUCUCUGCCGCUGCUACGGGAUGCCCAGUCCCUGCUGCCUGCUCUGGAGGAGAUGGAGAAGAACAUCACAGGGUUCUACCAGGCCCUGGAGAAGGCCAGCUGCAUCACUUGCUCCAGGGACUCUGAGGCCCACGGGGACUUCAAACAGAAAUGCCAGGAGCUGGUGACCUUCACCCAGAGCUGUAAGAAGUGUCUGACUGUGAUAGAGAAUAACCAUCAGAGUGUCCAGAGAACCCUGGACAGCAGUAAGACCCUACAGCACCUGGACAUGGCCCUGCUGCAGAAGAGAGUCGCCGACCUCCAGGCCUCCUCACAGGCAAUGAUCAACGAGUCUACUGAGUGGAAGAAUCACGUGGAGGUCAACAGCAGCUUAAUGAAGAGGUUUGAUGAGUCCCGUGGCGAGCUGGAGAAGGUGCUGAAAGUCGCUCAGGCUUUUCUAAAUGAGAGAGGCAACCCAGAAGAACUGCUAAAAAAACACACGGAGUUCUUUGGGCAGCUGGACCAGCAGGUCCUCGAAGCGUUCCUGAAGACCUGUGAUGAACUGACAGACACAGUGCCUAGGGAGGAGCAGCAGAGUCUGCAGGAGACAGUCAGGAAACUGCACACACACUGGAAGGAUGUCCAGACAGAGGCUCCCUACCACCUGCUUCAUCUGAAGGUAGAGGUGGAACGGAGCAAGCUAAUGGUCUCCAUGCAGGAGUGUCAGUCAGAGCUGACCAGAGAGAACAGACACCUGGUUGGCAUGGGGAGUGAGAGGCUGAUCAAGGAACACAGGGACUUCUUCAGGGAGAAGGGUCCUCAGUCUCUGUGUGAGAAGAAACUACAACUGAUAGAGGAACUGUGUCAGAAGCUUCCAGACAGCAACCCAGCCCACCAGACCCUGGACAGCUCUAAGAAGGCCUACUCUGAGCUCUGGGAGGAGAUAGAUAGCACCCAUCACAAUCUGAUGCAGCACCCUGAUAAGUGGGAGGAGUUUAACACCAGGUUCUCCGAGUUGUCAGCCUGGCUUUCGUCUAAAGAGAGCCAACUCAGACUGCUCAGGAACAGAGCCAACGACCCCAGCAAGCACGGACAGGUCAAGGCCACCAUCACAGAGCUGAGGAACGAUGCAGAGCUGCAGGAGGGGAACCUGGGCUGGCUGAAGUCCCGGCUGGCUGUGCUGAUAGAGAUCUGCUCCGAGACGGAUGCACAGAGUCAGGCUGGGGCAAUCAAUAAACUUUACACCAACUUCAAGGGCCUCCUCUCCUAUCUCACUGAGUCUGAGAAGGUGGUGCUGGCGGUGGGGGACUGUGUGCAGUUCAGGGAGGAGGUGCGUGGUGCACUGGAUGAGCUGGUGCAGGGUCAGCAGGAGGUACACCUGGAGGUGACCAGGAUACUGGACUCUGAGACCGUCAGGGAGGCCCAGCAAUUGCUCCAGGUUCACCAGCAACAGCUGAAGCGUCUGCGUAUGAAGAGGAAGGAUGUACAGCAGCAGAUCGCUAGGGGCCGUCAGCUACAGGCUGAGGAGGGGCUGGGGGAGACCUUACAGCUGGACCUGCAGAGUCUGGAGACAACACUCAGCAAUAUGGACCACACCAUGGACUCACAGGAGCAGGAGUUAGAGGUGACUCUGUCUUCGUGGCAGGAGUUUGACAGCCAGCAGAGGACAGUGCAGGAGUUUGUUACCAGGGCGCUCUCUGUCAUGGACAGAGACCUGAACUUUAGCAGCCCAGAGAGCCUGGCUACUGAACUGGACCAGGCCAGGGUGCUUUUAAAGCAGAGUGAAGCAGAAGCCUGCAUGGUGAACACCCUGUUGAGGAAAGCAGCAGAGAUCCAGCUUGGCCCAAAGAACACCACCUUGCUACUGGAGCAAGCCCGCUCCCUCAGCGAACAGCUGGACAAAGUGGAGGCUGGCCUCAAGAAAGACACCAAGGCUCUUGAUGGGAUGAAGAAUCAGUGGACUCGGUUUGGGACAGAGUUUGAGGCCUUCUCCUCGUGGAUCUCUGAGAAAGAGAAAGAAAUGGACGCUCUAAAGAGUUCUGCUGCUCCAUUUGGACAACAGAUCAACACAGUAAAGGCCGUGGGUGUGGAGCUGGGGGACAAGGCAGAGGUGUUAUCCCAGCUAGAGGCCCACUCCCAGGCCCUGGCCCAGUUCAUCUCCUCUGGUGAGGCAGCCCGUAUCAAGGCUCGGCUCACCCAGAUCGGCAGAUACUGGGAGGAGCUCAGGGAGAGUGUGGAGCAGCUAGAAGGACUGCUGCAGGAGAGCUCCUCCACACAGCACCGCUUCAACACCAGCCUGGAAGAGGCCAAAACAACACUUGGUGAUCUCCAUAAGAAACUGAACCAUCCUGUCACUUCCUGUACCUCCUCGUCAGAGACCUACAAAUGUCUCCAGAACCACAUGGAUGUGUCCCAGAGCUUGGAGAGCCUGAAGGCAGCCUUGUUGCCCCUGUCUGCUGGGGCACGUAGACUCAGUGACAGGGAGCAGGCUGAGAGGGCCGUGGCAGCUCUACAGACCAGCUAUGACCAGAGUCUAGGGCAGGCCAAAGAAAAACAGAACACACUGGAGACAGUGCUGUCUCUAUGGCAAAAGUAUGAGAAGGAUCGUUCUAGCUUUGUAUCCUGCUUGGAGAGAUGUGAGUCUACAUCCAAACCUGAGAGCCAUUGCCUGCCUGCAGAUAAAACCAAGUUGGAGAGUGAGCUGCAGGACCUGCAGAACUUGCAGUCUGAGGUGGUGUCGCUGGAGCCCCUCCAUGAUGGCCUGGUGGCCUCAGGGACAUCCCUGUACCCCACCGCCCCAGAGGAGAAGGCAAGGCAGCUCAGUGAUGACGUGGAGCAGCUGAAGAAGAGAUGGAACUCCCAGAAUGAACUCAUCCCUCACAGAAUCAAGGAGCUCCAGAGCCAGCUGUUCCAGGUGGAACAGUUUGACCAGUCCUUGUUGAAGUUCUCUCAGUGGUCUGAGAACCUCCUCUCCACCCUCCACUCAACCUCCCUGGUCAACAUCACUGACCUGCAGCCUGCUGUGGCCCAAGUCAAGGAAACACUAGCGGCUCUUCAGAAGCAGAGUGGUGUGAGGGAGAGCUUGGAGCUCCAGACAGAGGGGCUGUGUGCCUCGUGUGAACCCCAGGAUGCUCAGCUCCUCCAGGGGAGACAGGUCAACAGCCUACAGCCCUACCUGGAGGUCCAGCAGCUGGCUGAGCUCCGGCUGGACUGCCUGGGGAAGCUGGAGGCCUUCUUGGAGACCCACGGUGCGGCUGUGGGGGUACUACGAGGCUUGAGGCAUACGGUGGAGAGUUCAGGGAGCUGGGACCAUGGUCGGGUGGAGGAACUACAGAGAGAACUGGAGGCCAUCGUCCCAGACAUCAGCAGUCUGGAGACCCUGGCAGCCGGCCUGGACAGCAGCCUCUGUAAAGGCCACCUCCACAUGGUGAGCGGUGUGGAUGGGUCUGGGUCCCGGACGUUGUGCCGGGUGCUUGCUGAUGGUCUCAGCGGCGAGCUGGACACAGUGAGGAAUCUGCUUGGGACCAAGCAGAGUGAGGCAGAGGCCCUGGGAGCGCUAUGGAGCUCCUUCAGACAGAGGAAGGAACAGCUGUUGAAAAGCGUGGAGGACAUCAAGGAGAAGGCGGACCACCAGAGCCUCAGAGAACCCAGCCCACUCGCCCUGCAGCAGAGGCUGCGGUUCUUUAACCAGCUGGAGGAUGAGCUCCAGUCUCAAGAACACGAGGAGCAGUGGCUCAGGGACAAGGGUCAGCAACUAGCCCAGAGAGAUGCAGAGCUGGCCGGGGAGGUUCUCAGGGAGAUCAGCCUCUUGGAAACCACCUGGGAGGAUACCAAGAGACUCAUAACUGACAGGCAGGAGCAGUGCAGUGUUCUGAUGGAGCUGAUGAGAGAAUACCAUAACCUGAGGACAUCCAUAGCCGCCACCAUGGAGAACACUGAGGCUGACAUCGGCUCGGCUCUGAAAGACCACGAGGAGACCAAAAGAUCGCUGGCUAAGCAUGAAGCAGUGAAGGCAGAGAUGUUGGCCAAGCAGAGUGAGCUGGACCAGUUCUCCAGUAAAGGAAAACUUCUGCUGUGUGAUCUGAAGAAGAUCCCAGACUGUGAGGCUCAGCUGAUGACGACAGACAUGCAGACUCUAGUAGACCAGUGGCUCGAGGUGUCUGAGAGGGUUGAAAACAACAUUGAGCAUCUGAGCCAGAGCCUGGCGUUGUCGGAUGACGUGCAGCAGAUCAGUGAGGAGAUCGAGGGCUGGACCAACAGCUCAAUGAUGGAACUCAGUGAAAGCCUGAAUAACCUCAUUGGCAGCCAGAGAAUGGAGACCAGACUCUCUGCGUUACAGUUGGAGAUGGGGAAGAAAGAGCACCAGCUUGUGACCCUGCAAGGGAAAGUGUCAGAACUGAAGCAACUCAACUGUAGUCAGGACACUCCCGCCAAACUACAGGUGCUGGAGGCGGACCUGAGGAAAAAGCUGAGCCAGGUGCAGAAGCUAUGUGAGCAGGCCAAGGGAAACCUCAGGGACUUCAGCUCCCAGAGGAAGCAGUUAGAGGACUACAUUACCCACAUGUCUGAUUGGCUGAAGAGCUUAGAGCAGUCCCUGACGAGCUCACCGAUUGGCUCUGACCUAGAGGACAUCUGCAGAGUCAAGGACCUCCAGAAGGACCUUCAGAACCAGCAAGGCAGCAUAGAUUCCACCAGGGAGAGCUUGAACACUCUGUGUCGGAAGUACCCUUCUGAGGAGCUGGCUGGGCUGGGUAGUGCACUCACUGACCUUAUCAAGGGCUAUGAGUCUGUCAACCAGCUUUCCUCCAGGACCCUGGCCUCACUGCAACACGGCCUGCAAAAACACUUCAACGAGCUGGUUCGGGAGUUCCAUAGCUGGCUGUCUGGGCAGAGGGAGGUCGUGAAGGAGUGCUCUGACCAAUCAGGAGACACUAGCAUCGUGGAGCGUAAACUCCAGAAGCUAAAGGGGGCGCUGGAGCGUGUGGAGGACGGGGAGGUACGUCUGACUCAGGUGUGUGAGGAAGGGGAGAAGCUCCUGCUCCACCUCCCUAAGGCCAGUGCUGGCCAGGUGCAGCAGCACCUCUCCUCCAUCCAGCAGGACUGGGACCGCUAUGUUGAGCAGUGUAGACUCAACCAGCAGGCCCUGGAGGACAGCACUGCACAACUCAAUGGGUUUGAGGGGCGUCUGAAGAGGCUGAGGCAGUGGCUGGAACACAUGGAGCAGAGGGUGACCUCAGAGCUGCCUGAGGAGAAACACAGGGGUCUUGAGAAGGCAACACUGGAGGGGGUGGAGGAAUACCACCAGGAAGUGCUCAAAGAGAGGGACUCUUUCGAGCGACUGUGUCAGGAGUCACAGGUCUUGAAUGAAGGUGGACGGGGCGACGGUGGCGAGACGCGGGCGGCUGCAGGGCUGCAGUCUCAGCACCAGGCUCUGCUGCGGAGGGUGAGGGAGAGGCUGAGGUGCUGCCAGGUAAACCUACAGGAACAGGAAGCAUUUAAGGAGACCCUGCAGAGCACCUGGUCCUGGCUAAACGGGAUGAAGGAACGACUGGGGACCCUCAAUAGUACCCUGGGGAACAAGGUGACGCUGGAGAAGAGACUGGGACUUGUACAGGACAUCCUGUUGAUGAAAGGCGAAGGCGAGGUGAAGCUGAACAUGGCGGUAGGGAAGGGCGAGCAGGUUCUGAAGCACCACAGUGUGGAGAGUCAGGAGGCCUUCUGCUCCCAGUUACAGAACCUGAAGGACGCCUGGGCCAGCAUGCUCAUGACCUCCAUGAGUUGUCACAGUCGUCUGGAAUGGACGGUAGCCCAGUGGAGUAACUACCAGGAUAGUAAGGGGCAGCUGCAGCAGUGGAUGGAGUCUGUGGAGCAGGAGGUGGGUCUGGCCCUGGACCAGCAGCCAGGCCUGAAGGAGAAGGCCUAUCUCCUGGAGCGUCUCAGAGCCCUCCAGGCUGACGUGGAGGCCCACGCAGCACCACUGGCCAGGCUGACAGAGACGGCUGCAGAGCUGCAUGAGAAGACAGGUGACCAGGCCUUUGGACCAGAGCAGAGAAUGGAACUCAAUGCACACUUCGCUGACAUUACCGCUGUCGUCAAGGGUAAGGUUCAGGCCAUGGAGAACAGAGUGACAGAGCAUGAGCACUACCUGGAAGCUGUGAGGGACUUCAAUGAUUGGCUGGCCUCUGCCAAGGAGGAGCUCCAGCGCUGGUCUGACCUGUCAGGAGACUCCACCUCUGUAAACAGGAAACUUGCCAAAGUCCAGGAGCUGAUAGACUCCAGGCAGCGUGGCCGAGAGCGUCUGAGCCGGGUGCAGCGUUGUGGGGCUGCAACGAGGGACCACACUGGCUCCGCGGGCUUCGAGGCAGUGGAGAGGGAGGAGGCAGCCCUGCUGUCUGCCUGGGAGCAGUGGGAGCGCGGGGCACUGCAGAACAGGGCAGGCCUGGAGACUGCUCUCUCCCAACUCGCCAGCUCCGAACAGGAGUUUAACUGCUUGGCUGCUCAGCUGGAGGUGGACCUGCAGGAGUUUAGCAGUCAGCUACAGGAGUGGAGACACAGGCUCUCUCAUGUAGAGGGGAAAAACAGUAGGGAGGAGGCUGUGCAGGGCUGGCAGAUUGCAAAGGACACUCUGGAAGGUCUGGUCAAAAUGGAGCCCAUGUCAGACAGUCUGAAGUUCCAGCUCAACGGCCUGUGUCGGUUCUCCAAGGACCUGGGUACUCAGUCAGAGAGAGUGUCCUCCCUUAUCAAGGAGUACAACAGGCUGAGCCUGCAGGCCUCCAGAGAAUGCCAAAACAAAGAGAAGCUUCUGGAGCAGGAGUUCCGUGCCGCUUUCCGAGAGUUCCAGCAGUGGCUGGUCAAUGCCAAAAUCAACACAGCCAAGUGCUUUGAUGUGCCUCAGAACCUCAGUGAGGCCUCCUCCAGCCUGCAGAAGAUACAGGAGUUCCUGAGUGACAGGGAGCAGGGCCACUCCAAACUAAAUGCUGUGGUGCUCAGUGGUGAGCUGGUGGUCAGUAUCGCUGCCAAGGACAGAGUAGAUGCUGUCCGGGCCAAAAUGAGCAGUGCCAGAGAAGACUGGAAGACUCUGAUGUCCAACUUGCACCAGAGGGAGACUGCCCUACAGAACCUCCAGUCUCAGAUGAAGGACUUUGAGGCGAGUGUGGAGCCUCUUCAGGAGUGGCUGAACGGGACAGAGGUUGCUGUACAGGAGAGCAGCACACGACUCCAUGACCUCACUGCCAAAAAGCAGGAGUUGCACAAGCUGCAGGAGAAGGCUUCCCGUAUCCACCGUAUCGUCACUGAGCACCAGCUGUUCUCCCAGGGGCUGAAAGAGCUGCAGAACUGGGUGGCCGACACCAGGCAUAUGCUGCAGACCUACCGCACUCCCACAGCAGACAAGAACGUCCUGGACUGCAGGAUGAUCAAGCUGGAGGCGUUGCUGACAGCACGUCAGGAGAAGGAGAUCCAGCUGAAGAUGCUGGUCACCAGGGGAGAGUCUGUCCAGAGGAACACAUCAGUAGAGGGUGUACCAGUAGUCUGCAAGAACAUCCAGGACCUCAAAGACUCCUGGGAUACCCUGCUUUCCGCCUCCAUCCAAUGCAAAAGCCAGUUGGAGGGAGCCCUCUCCCAGUGGACCAGCUACCAGGAGGACGUGUGUCAGUUUGUGGGCUGGGUGGAGCGUGUUGAGGAGAGCCUGGACCCAAGAGACAAACAAUGCUCCGAGAUGAGAGACAAAACUGCCAACCUGGGCAAAGCCAAGCUUCUCUAUGAGGAGGUUCUUAGCCACAGCAGUCUACUGGACACCAUCACCGUGAAGGGAGCCAACAUGGCGGAACACUACGUUACCCAGCUAGAGCUCCAGGACCUGCAGGAACGAUACCACACCGUCAAGGACAACACCAAGACUGCGGUGGGGAAGGCAGAAGAGCUGGUGCAGGUCCACCAGGAGUACGAGAGAGGCCUAAAUGUGUUUGAGGCGUGGCUGGAGCAGGAGCAGGAGAAACUGGGCUGCUACACACAGCUAGAGGGGGAUGUGGACACUCUGGAGGAGACGCUUCAGAAACUACAGGAGCUGCAGGUCCAGUGCACGGAGGGCGAGGCCCUACUCAACACCCUGCUGGACAGUAGAGACCAGGUUGUGCCCUGGGGUGUCCCCCAAAUCGAGGACCGGGUCCUGGAGACCUUGCAGCAGAACUGGAAUCUGUACCAGGGUAAGCUGGGAGACACCAGGACCCAGCUCAACAGUACCCUGGCCAAGCUCCGCCAGAUGGAGCAAAAGUUUCAGGGUCUGGACAGCUGGCUGAAUAGCAUGGAGAGCAAAGGUCAACUGAGGAGUCAUCGCCGGUCGGACCGUGCCACCAAGGACGCUCAACUCCAACUGAUAAAGAGUUGGCAGGAGGAGGUGCUAGUGUACCAGGAGGAGGUGGAGGGUCUGAGUGUUCUAGCCCAGCAGGUCAUAGAUGAGACCCACAUCAGCAGCCGGGUCAGCACCAGAGCUACCCAACUCACCUCCCGCUACCACGCCCUGCUACUGCACCUACUGGAGAGCAUCAAGCAACUACAGGUGGAGGUGUGUUGCAUCGAGGAGGCCCAGAAUGUGCUCAGGACCUUCUCUGAUUGGCUGAGCUCGGCCAAGAACAACUUCAGCACCAUGGCCAUCAGCAUCAGUGUAGUAGACCGUCUUACCAUGGAGAGGAAGAUGAAGACACUGGAGGCUCUUCAGGGUGACAUGGAGCAGGGCCACAGCUUCCUGAAGACGAUGCGUGAGAAGACAGAGCGGGCCGUGGCCUUCCUGGAGGAACCAGAAGCUGAGCAGCUGAGGGAGGAGGUGGAUGCUCAUAGAUCCCAGCUAGAGGGCCUGAUGGCUGGGUUACGCACGGAGCACAGCUCCCUGGAGAAAUGCAUCUCCCUCUCCAAAGACUUCCUGGACAAGUACAAGGCCCAGGCACAGUGGCUCGCUGAGACCAAGGCUUUGUUAAGCUCACCCAUUGAGCUCAAAGCUGAGCUCUACCAGAAGAAGGCCCAGUUAGCCAAAUAUAAGACAAUCCAGCAGACAGUGCAUUCCCACGAGUCAGCGGUGAGGUCAGUGGUUGAGAAAGGAGAGGUUCUGCUGGAUAUGGUCUGUGACCCCACCAUCAGAGACAACAUGAACAGGUUGCAGACUGACUACCAGGAACUCUGCACUGCAGCCAAGAGCCAAGUCCAGAGUCUGGUGGAGUGGGUGAAGGAGCAUGAGUGCUACAACAGUGAGCUCCAGGAGGUGGAGAAGGGGCUCCUACAGAUGUCCAGUAGGCUGGUCACCUCAGACUCCAUGCAGACAUGUAGUAUGGAGACGGCCACACAACAACUGGCCCGCCACAAGGCAAUCAUGGAGGAAAUAGCUAGUUUUGAGGAGCGCCUGACCAGUCUGAAGGAGAAAGGAGAUGACUUGGUGUCCAGCUGUACAACAGACCAGAUGCAGGCUAAGACCAGCCAGCAGGUCAAGGCUCACCAUCAGGGCACCAGAGACAGCUACUCAGCCAUCUGCAGCAGCGCACAGUGUGUUUACCAGAGUCUGGACAGAGAACUGCAGAAGCAUGUCAGUCACCAGGACACUCUGCAGCAGUGCCAGACCUGGCUCUCCACCGUCAAUGAGGAGCUACUGCUGCACUGUCAACCUCCCUUUGGCAUGCAGGAGGCCCUCAAACAGGUGAAGCACUACAGGGCUCUACAGGAGCAGGCCAGUACGUACCUGGACCUGGUGUGUUCUGUGUGUGACUUGUCUGAUGAUGCUGUGAGAGCCACCACUGCGGAAGUCCAGCAGGUCAAACACACGAUGGAGGAGAGGAUGUUGAGCUCCCAGGAGCUAUGUGAGGGCUGGAGGGAGAUAAAGGAGCAGAAGCAGGAGCUAUCUGAUCAGUUCCAGGACAUGGAGCAGCAGCUUCUCAGCCUCUCCAGAAGACCAGCGGAGCUCGAGACCAAGAUCGCCCUCAACAUGCUCACCCAGGCCAAGGAGUUUAGCCAACAGCUGCAGAGUAAACAAGCCACCCUAUCCAGGAUGACAGAGAGUGUGAGUCGUCUGACUGCGGGCCAGGACAGCCCGGAACAUGGAGAGAUAGGGCGUCUGAGCCAUGCCUGGCUGGGGCUGUUUCACCAAGCUAACAGGCUGAAGGGCCAGAGACAGGAGGACCUGCAGAGGAUCCAGGAGUACCACAACUGCAUCACAGCCAUGGAAGCACUUUUUGAGCAAAUGUCUAAGGAGUGGGAUAACCUGGCCAGGACUGAUGCUGAAAGUUCAUCUGAGCACUUGGAGGCGCUGAAGAAACUCGCCGUAGCUCUCGGAGACCAGAAGGGAACUCUGGAGGACCUGAAGGACCAGAGGCAGAAAGUCACCCACCACCUGAACCUGGAUGACAAGGAGCUGGUGAAGGAACAGAUCAGCCAUUUUGAGCAGCGCUGGGUUCAGCUGCAGAGCCUCAUCAACAGGAAGAUACAGGACUCAGUGCUGACCUUGGAGGACAUGGCCACGGUGGAGGCCCGUCUAAGGGAGGCCAGGGAGUGGGCCGAAGAGCAGCAGCCAGGCCUUUCUGAAGCCAUGAAGAUGAGUCCUCCUCCAGAGUUGGCCCAAAGCUUCCUCUUCGACCACCUCAGCAUUUGCAGUGAACUGGAGGCCAAGCAGCUGCUUCUGGCCCAGGCCAUGAGUGAUGCUGACCGUGUCCUGGCUCACCUGGGGCUCAACGAGUGCCAGCGCCUGCAGCAGCUCAUUUCAGACACUCAGGCCGAGGUGGAGUCACUCAGCGUGAAGGUGGCUCAACGCAGAAAGCACCUCAGCAAGGCCUUCACUGAGAGGACCCAGUUCCUGCAGGCUGUCAACCAGUCCAUCACCUGGGUCCAGCAGAAUGAGAAGAAGGCCCAGGCGGAGGAGUACAUUGCACUGCUACCUGACGACCUGGCCAAGCAGGUUAAGGCCUGCAGGAGCAUCCAGAGCAGCCUGAAGGCCUACCAGAGCGAGCUUACCUCCCUGUGGUCUCAGGGCAGAGACCUGAUGAAGGACGCCACGCAGGAUGAGAAGGUGGAGAUGCUCACCAAGCUGCAGGAGCUGCAGAACAUCUUUGAAAAAGCCCUGCAGAAAUGUGUCCAGAGGCUCCAAGAACUGGACAUGGUGCUUGUCUCCAGGAAGUACUUCAAGGCAGACCUGGAAAAGACGUGUCAGUGGCUGAAACAAGCAGACAUUGUGACCUUCCCUGAGAUCAACCUCAUGAAUGGCGACUUAGAGCUGACCGUGCAGCUUUUGAAGUACCGGCAGAUAGUAGAGCAGGCGAUGGAAUAUGAAAACCUCUUACUGAUCGUCCAGAGAACUGGUCAGGAGAUCCUGCCCACUCUGAAUGAAGUGGACCACUGUUACUUGGAUGAGAAACUCAAUGCCCUGCCACAGAAAUACAACAGCAUACUGGCUCUGGCCAAAGAGAAACAGGAGAAGAUCGAGCAGGCCAUCCUAGCCAGAAAGGAGUACGCCUCCUUCAUAGACGUGACUCAUAAAGCAUUGAAAGAACUUGAGGAGCACUUCCAUAACUUAGGGUUGCAGCCUGUUGGUCUGCAGACAGAGCAGGUUGUGAAUUUACUGAGUGACUACAAAGCUCUUCAGGUAGAUCUGGGCAACCUUGGUCUGGCUGUCAGUGAACUGAACCAGAAGAAAGAAGGCUUCCGCAGCACCGGUCAACCCUGGAGACCUGAAGAGUUGACCCAGCUGGUGAGUCUUUACAAUGGGCUCAAGAGGCUCAUCGAACAGCGGGUGGAGCAUCUCGACGACACACUGGAGUCCUUCGAGGACCACAAGGCCAUGGCCAUGCAGGUGGACUCUGAGCUAAAGGCUACCAAAGAAGAGCUAGUCAAGGUCAAUGCAGAGACCCAGUCGGUGGAGGAGAGGCUGAAGAAUUACCAUGCCCUGGCCGGGAGUCUUCAGAGCGCCAGCUCUCACCUGUCCAGACUCAUGGAGCAGAUGGAUAACUUAGCUCCUCAGCUGGACAAGGCUGCCCAUGACGCUUCCAGGGAACAGGUGGUCCUUUGGCAGGAGGAGCUGCAGUCCCUACAGUCUGCCGUGGGGGAGCUGAUAGUGGAGUGUGAGAAUAGGUUUGUCCAGAGUAAAGACUUUGAGACGGAGGUGAAGAGAACGCUGGACUGGCUGCAGCAUAUGAGGGAUGAGCUGGGCUGUGCUGUCGUAGUGGUGGACGUGAGGGUAGAAAAGGUCCAGGAAGAGAUCAGGAAACAGCAGAUAAUGCAGGAUGAGGUUCAGUCCAGGCUGAGGAUCGUGGAGGCCCUGAGCAGUAGGGAGAAACAGAAGUACACCAGCGCCAACGAACUGGUCCCAGCCCACGUUGACCUGAGCCUGGAGGAGAUGGCCAAGCUACAGGCUGAUGUACAGCAAGCAAUGAGUUCCAAACAAAUCACCCUGGAGCAGGCCUUGGCGUUGUGUCAGAAGUACCACUUCCGGAUGCAGUCUGCGUGUCAGUGGCUGGAGGACGCUGUGGCCUUCCUACAACUGGCCAGUCUGGGGGUGGACGUAGAGAACUAUGAAGAGUGUCUCCGCCAGCAGGAGGACAUCCUGGCCUCAGAGCAGAAGUUCCUAGACCACCUGCAGGAGUUGGAGGCUCUGCCCCCCCAGCUGGAGAACCUGGUGAACCCCACAGCCAAGGAACAGCUCAGACUGAAUGUGGAGUCUGCUCAGCAGAGAGGAGUGGAGGUCCGAGAUCAGCUGCAGAAUCACCAGGACGUCCUGAUCAGCUGUGGGGCCAAGUGGAAGUCUUACCAGGAGGCGAGGCAGACGGUGAUUGAACUGAUGAACGAGGCAGAGCAGAAGCUUACUGAGUUUUCCACCGCAAAGGCUGCCACCUUUCUGGAGGCCGAGGAGAAACUCAGGAGUCACAGGUCCCUGUUGUUGAUGGUGAAUGGGUUCCAGGAGAAGCUGACAGGGCUGGAGGAGCAGGCAUCACAACUGGAGCUGGUGGGUAGUGAGGCCAGCAAGGCCACCAUCAGCCGCUCCAUGACCACGGUGUGGCAGCGCUGGACCCGGCUUCGCAGCGUGGCGCGAGGGCAGGAGAGGGUACUGGAGGACACGGCCCAGGAGUGGGGGACCUUCAGAGAGAAGAUGGUGAAGCUGAGGAGCAUGGUGGAGGAUCUACAGAGCCGUAUUAUAGACUGUGUUGUGGAGAAGGCCUCCAAGGCUACCCUACAGUCUGUGUUGGACCAGCAUGAGCUGCUAAUCCAGGAUGUAGAGGGAGAGCUGUCCUCCCUCACCCUGCUGCGUCAGUAUGCCCUCAGCCUGCUCCAUGAUGUGGAGGUCCCUUCACCAUCGCCCACCUCUGGACAGGAUGAACUACCCAGUCUCAAGGAGAUCAGAGCAGUACAAGACCACCUGGAAAGUCUGCUGCAGCAGGCGCAGACCAAGCGUACCCAGGCUGGGGUGGAGCUGAGGGACAGAGAGGGGGUAGAGAAGAACCUGAGUGUGGUCAAAGCCUGGAUCCAGGAGACCAGGGAGCUGCUCCCCAACCCCACCUCAGAUAUAGAUGCUCUGCUGCAGGAGCUGGAGGUGGUUCACGGUGAUGUGAUUGGCUACCGUCAGCAUGUGGAUAAGAUAGCAGAGCAGCAGCAGAGCAAGUAUCUGGACCUGUACACCAUCCUGCCCUCAGAGAUCUCCAUGCAGCUGGCUGAGGUGUCCCUAGCACUGGGGGCCAUCCAGGACCAGGUUCUGUCCAAAGAGAAAGAGAUCCAGAAGACAAGAGACAUCAAGGAGGACAUCAGUUCCAGGAUCCAUGACGUGUCGGAGAAGAUGAAAGCCAUCUCCACCAGUCUCAAUGACAAAGCCAGCGAUGUCCAUCACGCUAAAGACGAGACCAAGUGUCUUUGUGAUGAUCUGGAGAGCUGUCAUCGGACUCUGUCAGAGCUGGAUGCUGCGGUCCAGGAGUUCGGCAGACGGAACCCCAUCUUGGCCAAACAGCUGAGUGAUGCCAUCGUCAAGUUAGGAGACAUCCACCACCACACUGCCAGACUCGCCGAGUGUAGAUCCAUCUGGCUCAAAAAGGCAGGGACCCAUCUAGAGGAGUACAAUGAGAUGCUGGACUUCAUAGUGAGGUGGUCAGAGAAAGCCAAGGGCCUGGUGAGGGCCAACAUCAUCUGGAACUCCUCCUCUCAUCUGCAGGAACAGAUAAGGAUGGACGAGUCCGUGCUGCGUGAAUCUCGAGAGCUCCAUGGGGACCUGCAGGCCAUGGGAGAGAAGGUGGAUCUGCUGUCUGAGGUGCUGCAGACGGAGAACAUGUCCCAGCAGGUGUGUGAGCUGAGCCGCCACACCGAGGAGCUCCAGCAGACCAUCAGGACACGGCUGCAGAGCCUUCAGGACGCAGCCAAGAGUAUGGAACCUCUGGAGUAUGAGGUGAAGACCCUACAAGUGGCUCUGCAACAGGUCCAAGCUACACUGACCUCUCCUGAUCUUGUCCGACAGAGUCUCAAAGAACAACUGGCCCAGAGACAGCGUCUGCUGUCAGAGAUGGAGGGCUUCAAGCUGCAGGUGCAGGCGGUGCAGCUGUGUCAGAGCGCCCUGCGCGUCCCAGAGGAGGUGAUGCCUGACCUGGCUAUCUGUCACACGGCACUAGGCCUACAGCAGGAGGCCAGCCAGCUACAGCAUGUCGUAAUACAGCAGUGCAACAUUCUACAGGAGGCUGUUGUGCAGUAUGAGCAGUAUGAGCAGGAGGCGAAGCACUUCCAGGGGCUGAUAGAGGAUGCCCACAGGGUCAUCCAGGACCGACCCAUUCCCACCAGCACUAUCCAGGAACUGCAGGCUCAGAUCCUACACCAUGAGGAGCUGGCCCAGAAAAUCAAGGGUUACCAGGAGGAGAUAGCCAGUCUGAAUUCGAAGUGUAAGAUGCUGACUGUGAAGGCCAAACAUGACACCAUGCUACUCACUGUGAGUGACACGGAGCGGGUGGGGCUUACCGUGGAGGACCUGGAUGGAGACAUAGACAAACCAUCUGUUCUUAUGAUGACGGCUGGCCGCUGUCACACCCUUCUGUCCCCGGUCACCGAGGAGUCUGGGGAGGAGGGUACCAGCAGUGAGAUCUCCUCUCCUGUCUGUCGCUCCCCUUCUCCUAGCACUCACACACAGAUGGGACGAGACACCCUCCCCGGAGCUCCCGUACAGGAGCUAAAUGACCCGAUGUUUGAAUCUGAGGCUAACCUAGAUGACCUUCAACGCUCCUGGGAGACCCUGGAGAAUGUGAUCAGUGAGAAGCAGAGGUCUCUGUAUGAGGCGCUGGAGAAGCAGCAGUGCAACCAGGGUUCUCUUCAGUCUAUCUCUAAGAUGGAGGCCAUCGAGGCCAAACUCAACAAGCCACUGGAGGCUGACCAGAGCACAGAUAGUCAUAUGGAAGCCCAUCAGGCCGUGGUGGAGGAGGUUCAGAGGCUGCAGGAGGAGAUAGACAAGCUGCAGACCAGCUUCUCAGACGAGCUUGGUUCUGAUGCUGUGGACGACACGGCCCACCAGCUGGCCAUGCAGUCCACCCUCACUGUCCUGUCUGAGAGGAUGGCCACCAUACAGAUGAAGGCCUCAGGAGAACGACAGCUACUGGAGAAGCGUGUCAGUGACCGUCUAGAGGAGCAGCAUCAGGAGCGUGUCAGUGACCGUCUAGAGGAGCAGCAUCAGGAGCGUGUCAGUGACCGUCUAGAGGAGCAGCAUCAGGAGCGUGUCAGUGACCGUCUAGAGGAGCAGCAUCAGGAGCGUGUCAGUGACCGUCUAGAGGAGCAGCAUCAGGAGCGUGUCAGUGACCGUCUAGAGGAGCAGCAUCAGGAGCGUGUCAGUGACCGUCUAGAGGAGCAGCAUCAGGAGCGUGUCAGUGACCGUCUAGAGGACCAGCAUCAGGAGCAGACCUUACGACAUUACCUCAACCAAGCUGACCAGAUGGACCAAUGGCUGCUCAGCACCCGCGAAGCCCUCGGUCCCAGUGCUGAGGAGGAGCAACUCAUAGACGGCCAGAACAUGCUGCAGGAGAUAGAGCAGAAGGUGGUGGCCCUGUCGGAGCUGACCAUGCGCAGCGAGAGCCUGCUUCUGGAGGGAAGGCAGGAGACGCGGAUGGACAUGAGGGAGGACACAGAGCAGCUGGCCAGGAAGCUGCGGACGCUGAAGGGAAGUCUGCUGGAGCUGCAGAGGAUGCUGCAGGACAAACACAUCAACAUCCAGGACCAGGAGGAGAGUGAGUCUGACUCCACUCUGUCUCAGGGGCCCAUCGUGCAGGACUGCCUGGUCCAGGCCCACGCCACACUCUCACAACACCACCAGGACAGCCUCCAGAGACAGAGGGAGCUGGAGGAGCAGCUAGCUGAACAGAAGAAGCUGUUACAGUCUGUAGCCAGUAUAGGAGAGGAGAUCCUGAUAAAGCAGGCCUCACCUAGCAGUGUCAGUAUGACGGAGCCCUGCUCUCCAGAGAUACUGCUGGAGCGAGAGACCCGGGCUGCCCAGUACCAGAUGAGACAGAGGUGGGAGAGCCUGAGGAAAGAACUGAGCACCAAGCUCCAGCUCCUACAGAAAACCCUGGAACAAGACCACAAGCAACAGGUUUCCUCCAGAACUGCCGCUGGAACCCUGUUUAAAGCAGAGAUCUGUAAAACAGAGGACACAUCUUCACUGAAGAUGUUAUAUGAGGGUUUCAGCCAAACGAUGGAGGAGAUGUCUUGUCAAACUGGGGCCUCUGAGGGUAAGGUGAUCCCCAUGGAGCAGCAUCUCUACCAGGCUGUGUCAGCGACCUCCUCCUGGCUGGAUGAUGUAGAGAACACCCUGUUCUCUGGUCCUACGCUGCUGACGGAGAACGCUGAGACACAGCUACAAAACCAGGAGGCCUUAGGGAGGGAUGUCAGUGAGGUGACUGGGGUGGUGAGCCACAGUCGGGGUCUCCUAGGCCAACCUACAGGGCUGUGUGCGGAGGACCAGGUCCUGUUAGAGGACACACUGGACUGUCUGACAGAGAGGCUGCAAACUCUGGACUCUGCCCUGGAGCGACGCUGUGAACACAUGAGGAUUAGGAUGCAGGAACUCACUGCCUACCAGACGGAGUCACAGCUUGUCCUGGCUGAUUUAACCGACACCAAGUGCCAGAUCCUUCAGACGUUGGCGGGAGCCACGGACAGACCAGGAUCCAAACAGCUUGAGGUCAUAGCUGAGGCUGAGGAGGGUUUGAGAGAGUUUGAGCAGAGGAUCACCCAGCUGAAAACAAGAGGAACAGAACUACAGGCAGAACAGAUGCUCAAGCUACAGGAUGCCUAUGAGGAGUUGGUGAUGACGGUGGGCUCGCGGCGUAGCAGCCUGAACCAGAACAUGGCUCUGAAGGGGCAAUAUGAGAGGGCUCUGCAGGACCUGGCUGACCUGGUGGACACUGCUCAAGACAAGAUGGCCGGCGACCAGAGGGUCAUCGCCAGCUCUGUGGAGGAAGUUCAGAUUCUCCUUGACAAACACAAGGAGUUCUUCCAGAGUAUGGAGUCCCACAUGAUCCUGACGGAGACGUUCUUCACGAAGAUCAGUGGCCUGGUGGUUCCCAGAGAGAAGCAGGCUCUGGAGGAGAUACUGACCCUGACCCAGGGAGUCCUCAAACAGGCCCACAGGAGAGGGGUGGCGCUGGAGUACAUACUGGAGACUUGGAGCCGUCUGGUGCCGGACUACCAGGCUCUGUGUAUGCAGUUGGAGGCAGUGGAGGGUAGCAUCCCCACAGUGGGCCUGGUGGAGGAGACAGAGGAGAGCCUCACUGAGAGGAGUUCACUCUAUCAGAGUCUGAAGGGCAGACUGAUGGAGCACCAGCACAAGCUGAGCCAGGUGCUGGAGGAGGGGAAGAGGCUGCAGCUAUCUGUGUGCUGUCCUGGCCUGGACACAAAGCUCACAGUGCUAGGGGAACACUGGCUCAGCAACACUACCAAGGUCAACAAGGAGCUGCAGAGACUAGAGGCCAUCCUCAAACAUUGGACCAGGUAUCAGAAGGAGUCAUCAGAGUUGAUUGGCUGGCUGCAGUCUGCUCUAGAACGUCUGGACUUCUGGAACAAUCAGGCAGUCGUAGUUCCACAGGGGAUGGAGACCCGCAGGGACCAUCUCUCUACCUUCCUGGACUUCUGUAAAGAGGUGGAGUCACGUUCAUCUCUGAAGAAUUCUGUGCUGACUGAGGGCAACCAGCUUCUGAGGGUGAAGAGGGUUGGAACUGCAGCCCUGCGGUCUGACCUGGCCCGCAUAGACUCAGAGUGGACCCAACUACUCACACUCAUCCCAGGGGUGCAGGAGAAGCUACACCAGUUACAAAUGGAGAAGUUGGCCUCUAGGCAUGCCAUCUCUGAACUGGUCAACUGGAUAUCUCUGAUGGAGAAUGUGAUUGGAGAGGACGAAGAGAACCUGAAAGGAGCAGUGGGGUCGACUGUCAUCCAGGACUAUCUACAGAAAUACAAGGGCUUCAGAGUUGAUGUGCGCUGUAAGCAGCUGACGGUGUAUUUUGUGAACCAGUCUGUGCUCCAGAUCAGUGAUCAGGAUGUGGAGAGCAGGCGCAGCGACCAGACAGACUUUGCCGAGAAUCUGGGAGUAAUGAACCGACGCUGGCAGUUACUACAGGGACUCAUCACGGAGAGGGUCCAGUUCCUGGAGACUCUGCUGGAGGCCUGGUUGAACUAUGAGAACAACAUACAGGGCCUGAAGACCUGGCUGCUCACUCAGGAGGGGAGGCUGAAGAGGAAACCCAGGAUAGAGGACCUAAACUCCGUACAGAACGCUCUCAAUGAUUGCCAGGAGAUGGAGGAGAAGGUGAAGGAGAAGGAGGGUGAGGUGGAGCGGGUGGAGGAGCAGGCCUGUGCCCUCAUCCAGAACAAAACCGACGAGGCCUGCGCUGUCGUCAUGGAGACGCUCCAAGCUGUCAAUCACACCUGGGCUAACCUGGACCACCUGAUCGGCCAGCUGAAGAUCAGCCUCGUGUCAGUGCUGGACCAGUGGAGUCUGUACAAGUUGGCCUCAGAGGAGAUGAAUGGCUACCUGAUGGAGGGGAGGUACUCUGUGUCCCGUUUCCGCCUCCUCACCGGCUCCCUGGAGGCUGUACAGCUACAGGUGGAGAGUCUCCAGAGCCUACAGGAGGAACUGGAGAAGCAGGAGGGCAGUCUGAGGAAGUUUGGCUCUGUGACACACCAGCUGCUGAAUGAGUGCCACCCGUCUGUGUCCGACUCCCUCAACAAUACCCUGAAGGACGUCAAUGCUAGGUGGAGCAGUCUCCUGGAAGAGAUCUCAGAGCGUCUGAAGAGCAGCAAAGCCCUGCUACAGCUGUGGCAGCACUACAAGGAGCUGUAUGGAAAGAGUAGCUCCAGUGUCCAGCUACAAGAGGAGCAGGCUGACCGACUCCUGGAGACCGCCUGCACCAAGGACAUCACAGACGAGGAGGUCUCCACCUGGAUCCAAGACUGCAGCGAGUUGCUUCGUGCCCAGGCUCCAGUGAAGGCAUCUCUACAGGUUAUUCAGGAGCUAGGAGAUCAGCUGAAGCAACAGGUGGACACCUCCACAGCAUCCGCCGUCCAGUCAGACCACCUCUCUCUGACCCAGCGCCUGGCCACUGUGGAGCAGGCCCUCGGCAGACAGCUCACUACACUACAGACGGGAGUCCAGGACUAUGAGACCUUCAGUGAGCAGCUGGGUUCCUUAGGUCGCUGGAUGGUGGAGGGAGAAGAGGCUCUGAAGAUCCAGGAUCCCAACAGUUCUUCUGACCUGUCCAUCAUACAGGACCGAAUGGAGGAACUCAAGAGACAGAUCUUGAGAUUCAGUAGCAUGGCUCAUGACCUGGAGCGUCUCAACGAGCUGGGCUACAGGCUUCCUCUCAACGACAUUGAGAUCAAACGCAUGCAGAACCUUAACCGUAGCUGGUCUGCAGCCAACGCCCAAACCACUGAGAGGUUCAGCAAACUGCAGUCAUUCCUGCUGCAGCAGCAGACGUUCCUGGAGAAGUGUGAGACGUGGAUGGAGUUCCUGGUACAGACAGAGGGGAAGCUGGCCGUGGAGAUCUCUGGGAACUACCAGAGUCUGAUGGAGCAGCAGAGAGCGCACAAACUAUUUCAGGCUGAGAUGUUCAGCCGUCAGCAGAUCCUCCACUCUAUAAUCAGUGAUGGCCAGAGGAUGCUGGCGCAGGGACAGGUGGAUGACAGGGAUGAAUUCAACCAGAAGUUGUUGCUGUUGAGUAACCAGUGGCAGGGCGUUGUGCGUCGCGUCCAGCAAAGGCAGGGUAUCAUCGACAGCCUGAUCCGCCAGUGGCAACGUUACAGGGAUAUGUCAGAGAAGCUGAGGAAAUGGCUAGUGGAGAUCUCACACCCCGCCGAGGCCCUACUGGCUGGGGCGCCCGUAUCCCUGCAGCAGGCCAGAUCCAUGCUGGAUGCAGUUCAGAUAAAGGAGAAGGUCCUACAGCGACAGCAGGGCUCUUACAUCCUGACAGUAGAAGCUGGGAAGCAGCUGCUCCUAUCUGCAGACAGCAGGGCAGAGGUGUCUCUGCAGGGAGAGCUCACAUACAUCCAGGAACGCUGGAGACACGCCACCAUCUGCCUGGAGGAACAGAGGCGUGAGCUGGACAAGCUGGACAAGGACUGGGAGACAUGUGAGAGAGGCAUCGAGGGUUCUCUGGAGAAGCUGAGGGAGUUCAAACGGCAGUUCUCUCAGUCCCUCCCUGAUCACCACGAGGACUUGCAAGCGGAACAGAUGCGAUGCAAGGACUUGGAGAAGACGUUUGACGGCUGGACAGAAGACCUAGCCCACCUGACGAUGCUGAGGGAGUCCCUGUCUAGCUACAUCAGUGCUGAGGACCUGUCUGUUCUACAGGAACGCAUGGAGCUUCUGCACCGCCAGUGGGAGGAGAUCUGUCACCAGCUAUCCCUGCGGCAGCAGCAGGUGGGUGAGAAGCUGAGUGAGUGGGCUGUGUUUAAGGAGAAGAACAGGGAGCUCUGUGAUUGGCUUACCCAAAUGGAGAGCAAGGUCUCUCAGAACGGAGACGUCAGAAUCGAGGAGAUGAUCGAGAAGCUAUGCAAGGACUACUCUGAGGAGAUAGCGGUGGCUCAGGAAAACAAGCAGCAGCUGUACCAGCUGGGGGAGAGACUGGCCAAGGCCAGCCAUGAGAACAAGGCAUCUGAGAUUGAACACAAACUCAGCAUGGUGGGCGAGCGCUGGCAACACCUGCUGGACCUCAUUGGAGCCAGGUUGAAGAAGCUGAGGGAGACUCUGGUGGCAGUGCAGCAUCUGGAUAAGAACAUGAUUAGUCUGCGGUCCUGGCUGACCCACAUAGAGACUGAGCUGUCCAGACCCAUCCUAUACGACACCUGUGACUCCCAGGAAAUACAGCGGAAGCUGGACCUGCAGCAGGAGCUUCAGCGUGACAUAGAGAAGCACAGCACAAGUGUGGCGUCUGCGUUGAACCUGUGUGAGGUGUUGUUACACGACGGUGACGUCUGUGCCACGGACACAGAGUGUGAUUCCAUCCAGCAGACCACCAGGAACCUGGACCGCCGUUGGAGGAGAAUCUGUGCCCUGUCCAUGGAGAGGAGGCUCAAGAUUGAAGAGACAUGGCGUUUAUGGCAGAAGAUCAUAGAAGACUUUAUGCGUUUUGAGGAGUGGCUAGUGACCUCAGAGAAGACCGCUGCUCUACCCAACUCUUCAGGAGUACUGUACACAGUGGCCAAGGAAGAACUCAAGAAGUUUGAGGCAUUUCAGUGUCAGUCCCAUGAGAGCCUGACCCAGCUAGAGACGAUCAAUAAACAGUACCGCCGUCUGGCCAGGGAGAACCGCACAGACUCCUCCUGUCGCCUCCGGGAAAUGUCCCACGACGGGAACCAGCGCUGGGAUAACCUGCAGAAGAGGGUGGCCUCCAUCCUCCGCAGGCUCAAGCACUUUGUCAGUCAGCGUGAGGAGUUUGAGACGGCCAGAGACAGCGUCGUGGUGUGGCUCACCGAGAUGGACCUGCAGCUCACCAACAUAGAACACUUCUCAGAGUGUGACAUCCGAGCCAAGAUCAAACAGCUACGGGCGUUCCAGCAGGAGAUUUCUCUGACCACGGGGAAGGUCGAGCACAUCUUCCACCAGGGAGAGGUGCUGCUGCAGAAGAGUGAGCCUCUGGACGCUGCUGUUAUAGAGGAGGAGCUGGAGGAGCUGCGGAGAUACUACCAGGAGGUGUUUGGAAGCGUGGAGCGUUACUAUAAGAAGCUGAUCCGACUACCGCUGACAGGAGAAGAGUACGAUGUGUCAUUCUCGGACAAGGAGAUUGAACUGGAUGAACCUGGGGACCUGUCCAGCAUUCCCUGGAGUGAACGUCUUGGAGACUGCCUGAGCUCCCCUCUGCCCUCCCUGACUGCCCCCCUCCGUACUGGGGCUGAGCGCUCGGGCAUGGGCACCCCAGCCAGCAUGGACUCCAUCCCCCUGGAGUGGGACCAUGACUACGACCUGAGAAAGAGGCUGGAGAGUGCCAGCGGGGCUCUCGGCCUGGCCUCUGAGCACGAGGAGCACGGAGAGGAGGGGAGCUACCAGGGAUCAGCUUCUGCUUCCGCUCUGUCAGGAGAGGGAGGUACCCUGGACAGCCACAUCCUUCAGUUGGACAGGGUUCUGGACCCUAGCCAGUUACACCUGCAACAGACAGAGAACGUCAUCCGUAGCAGAACCCCCACCGGGCCAGAGCUGGAUGCAUCAUACAUGGGAUAUAUGCGUCUACUGGGAGAGUGUCGUAGCAGUAUAGACACGGUGAAGAGGGUUGGCUACGAACUGAAGGGGGAGGGGGACAAGGCCUCGGGACUUGCUGACCCUAUUGAUGAUGAUUCACAAACAACAGGUGUGAUACAGCGCUGGGAGUUGCUGCAGGCCCAGGCCCUCAGUAAAGAGAUGCGUCUGAAGCAGAACCUUCAGCAGUGGCAGCAGUUCAACUCUGACCUCAACACUGUGUGGGCGUGGCUGGAGCAGGCAGGGGAGGAGCUAGAGCAGCAACGGAGGCUAGACCUCAGCACCGACAUCCAGACCAUCGAGCUGCACAUCAAAAAACUGAAGGAGCUGCAGAAGGCUGUUGACAAGCGUAAGGCCACAGUGCUGUCCAUCAACCUGUGCAGUGCAGAGUUUGUCCAGUCCGCCACAGAAGAGUCCCAGGACCUGCAGGCCAGGCUGAAAGAGAUGAACAACCGCUGGGAAGGAUUGGGCACCUCUCUGGGAGAGUGGAGGGCAGCGCUACAAAAGGCCCUUAUGCAGUGUCACGACUUCCAUGAGAUGAGUCACGGCCUGCUACUGUGGCUGGAGAACAUUGACCGCAGGAGGAAUGAGAUUGUUCCCAUUGACCCCAUCCAGGACAGCAACACCCUCCAUGAGCACCACAAAACACUCCUGAAAAUCCGCUGUGAGCUGCUAGACACCCAGAGGAAGGUGUUGUCCCUGCAGGACAUGUCCCUGCAGCUGCUGGUCAACAGCGAGGGCAGUGACUGUCUGGAGGCCAAGGAGAAGGUUCACGUCAUCGGGAACCGCCUCAAACUGCUCUUCAAGGAGGUGACCAGAGACCUCAAAGAGCUGGAGAAGAUUCUGGACAUGAACAGCAGCCAACAGGAUCUGUCCACGUGGUCGUCAGCUGAUGAGCUAGACUCCACCUCUGGUUCCAUAAGCCCGGUGUCGGGCAGGAGCACGCCAAGUCGCCGUCGAUCGCAACGGGGCAAAUGUAGUAUGUCACAGCAGACCUCUGGACCCUCUGUGAGCAGUCCACACAGAUCACACAGGUUUCCCGUCGCUGGGUCCGCUUCCUCCCCUUCUGAGGCAGAGGGGAAAUCAUCAGUGUCAUCGUCACGUUUCCUGUACCACGUCCUAUGGGUGGCGGUGCCCCUCCAGUUGCUGUUCCUCUUGCUGCUGGUGGUCAUGGUCUGCCUGGUGCCAGUGUGUGAGGGGGAUUUAGACUGCAGCCAGUCCAAUAACUUUGCCCGUUCCUUCCACCCGAUGCUACAAUACACCAACGGGCCCCCUCCUGUAUAGUCUUUCAUGACAGACCAAACAUUUGGUUCUGGGUGCCGAGCGAGAUUACAGCCUGGCCCUUGGUAUGGAGACGAACCUGAGGAGGAUAGUUGGGCUUUUUGAACUUCUUGACUGUUGUGGAUUUCAACUCUAUGGGUCUCUCUCUUCUCAUUUGCAGCUUCCAUGAAGAAUAGAGAUAUGGCGUUCCGUCAUUCUGCACCUUGUGUUGCCGUGCAUAAGCAAGCAUCAUAGGAUGCCAAAACCUUAGUUAUAUCUUCUUUGUUCUGUACGGAUGAAGUACAGCAGCACUCUUGUCUUUUCACUCGUGUCUUCUUUUAGUUUUCUGUUAUAUGUAUAGACGAAGAAACGUCUUAGGGGCAGCAAAUGUAAGAACCAAAAAUGUUUGUGACGGCAGUCAGUGGAUAUCCCCUGGAUACCUGUAAAGGUACAACACUUGCCAUGUGUUGCCAUUUGUCCUCUAGUUCAAUGCAGAGCAUAUACUCUGUGAUUGUGCCUGUUGUAACAAUUGAACACUUGUGAAAUAACAUUUUAAGAUGACUUAUAUUGCAAUAUUUUUUUUUUACAUGUGUUUUGGCAUGCGGUUAUGAUCUUUGCUUAUGGGUGUGUCCGUGAUGAAUAUUUGAUUUUUAAUCUGAAUUAUACCUGGGCGUAAGAAUCUAUUUAGUCUGAAUUGUGUAUUGAAUGUGUAUGUAAAAGAAAGGCCGUAAUGAAGAGUUAUUUGCUAUAAACUGUUUAAAAGCAUAAGAAACAUUGAAAAUAAUGAACACUCAUUUUUAUUUUUCUAGCUGAAAAUAUGGAUUCUACAAACAAACUAUUAAUCAACAGUAUAACGAAUUAUAAAUCUGUAUAUUUUCUAUGGCUCUGUGUGUUUAGUAUUAAAUGUACAACAGUCCAGGAUGACUUAACAUAUUCUGUACAUAAUAUAAAUGUAUAGCAAUAAUCUAUAUCUGACCCUAAAUUACAAAUAUUGAAUGCCAAAUUCUCA